AUGAUCACAGCGGUCAGGGUUCGCAUCGAUGCACCACGAGUCUACCAGGAAUUCCGUGACAACAGGGACUUUCUAGAGGCCACCACUUCCAAGACCUCGUUGAAUGUUGAAGGUGCAGCCGUUCCUGUGGUCGUAAAUUCUCCGGUUGAGGCGGUGAUGCCAUUGACGUGUGCCAAGACGAGUGUAGUCGACAGAAACCGCGUAACCAACGGGCUGGUGGACAAGAUGGGUGUAGAUGGAUUUAUAAAGGGUGUCAUGACCAUAGAGGCUCGCAUAGAUGUGAAUCGCUACCGGGAAAUAGUUGCAGCCAUCGCACGGAUAGAUACAUUGAGGACGGCCCUACCCUUCAGAACCCAGGGGAUGGCAGCAGCGCUCGCCCAGAUGCCAUGGUACUAUGGACCUGACCCUGCUCCGUGGUACCGGGAUACAUGUGUCCGCACUGGCCACGGGCGCGAUGUCACCUACCACACACCGCUAGUCGAGUUGUGGGAUAUCAUCAGCUUCGGUACCGCCCGCAACCGCCCGCAACGCACUCCCACGGAACAGGAAUGGUCAGAGGCAAUACAGGCCGGGUUAAAUGUGGAUGGCGAUGAGGAUGAGGGGGAAGUUGAUGACGGGGAGCCUGAUGACGACGAGGAGCAACCGCGUAGGCGGCGGCCACGCCGGCGCGCGCCUGAGAUGGCCGACGUAUUCUACACUGUCCCCCAGGCGUACAAUAUCUCACGGGACCCCUUAUUCCUAAUGUGGUUAUUUCCAGCAUACGGCCAGUCACCAGGCGGCGCAAGCAUAAGCGGGCUAUCACCAUAUGCUGACAACAGCGUGGCCCUAUACGGGGAUACGGUAGCCCGCUUAUGCUUGCGCCGCCUGGUGACUGGCCAUGUGCUGGAAAUAACCACAUUAGGAAUAAGGGGUCCCGUGAGAUAUUGUACGCCUGGGGGACAGUGUAGAAUACGCCUGUCUAUCCACGAACUCCGGCGCAGGGGCGCAGACAUAGACAUGCGAGGAUUAGCGGAGCGUCUUCUCGAGCUUACAUAUGGCACGAACCAGCUGGUACCCCAGAUCCCGGUGUCUCUGUUCGUGGCGUCGCGUAGGAUGGAAGGGUGGACUUGGUCUCGAGGUACAGAACCGCUCUGGCUAAUAUAG